UGAUAUUGUUAAAAUGUCACUAUCACAGUAAUUUUUUUUUUCUGAAUAAAAAAUUUUGUAAAUUUAUAAGAAAUUUACAAUACAACAACAUGCCCAGAGUAUAUAUUUCUGAUCCCAGAGGGAAACAGUAUAGAAAAAGAAAUGAAAGUGAUUUAAAUGCUGCUGCUACUGAAGUUAAAAAUGGAAUUUCUCUAAGGAAAGCUGCUGAAAACCAUAGUGUACAUUACUCAACACUCCAAAGAUGGGUUAAAGCUAACGGAAAAAGGAGAACAAUUGGAGGUCAAACAGUUUUAGAUGCAGACAUGGAAAAUAUGAUUGUUGAAAGAUUAGUGAAAUGUGCUGAAUGGGGCUAUCCCAUGGACACUAUGGACCUACGAAUGAUAGUAAAACAUAUUUGUGAUAAAAAAGGUAUAGUUAUAAAACGGUUUAAAGACAAUAUGCCUGGUCAUGAGUUUGCACUGUCAUUUUUAAAAAGACAUGCAAAGAGCAUUACUCCCAGGAUUUGUCAAAACAUAAAAAGGGCAAGGGCUGCUGUUUCGCCAGAACAAAUUGAUAAUUAUUUUAAUAAUUUAGAAGUAUCAAUUGAAGGUGUACCAUCAUCAAAUAUUAUUAAUUAUGAUGAAACUAAUUUAUCUGAUGAUCCUGGCAGAAUUAGGAGAUACACUUUUAUAUAAAUGUAUGAAAUAAUAAAGUGAUUUCAAAGACUGAAAUUUGUUAAAUUUGUUGUAUUAUGUUAAUAUAUAAGUUUGCUUUAUUACUUACUUGCUCAUUUGUUUUUUUUUAUUUUAUAAGAUAUUAAUAAAAAAUGUAAUUUUGUUAUAUUACUUACUA